AUGCAUAGGUCAAGGGACUAUGACCAUUACCAUUCAAGUUCCUCCAGUGAUGAUUCCUCCCAUAAGUCUGAUAGGUAUCAUCAUCGCUGGUUGAAUGAACGUGAGGUCUCCAGUAGUUAUUCAGAUUCCCCUGAAAGGAGGAAUUCUAGAUAUGUAAGAAGUAGGAGGUCGAUGGAAGAUCGCGAUACUUCCCCUCGAUGUUCACGGCAUUACCGCAACACUCAUUGCGAUGCAGUAAGUCAUGACAACGGCCAAGGGGAAAAACAAAACAGAACUAGGGAUUACCUUGACAGAUCCCAUUCACGCCGCAAUCGGAGAGAUCGCUCCAUUUCCCCACGACAUGAUUAUAGGGGAGAUGAUUAUUAUUCGAGCGAGACUCCAUUGCGAGGCGAAUGCGAUCGUCAUCAAUAUGAUUCAGAGGGUGAUCAUUGUCAUGAGUCUUCCCCUCGUCACAGUAAUAGACCGCAUUACGAAUCCCCACCAAGAUACAGGGAUGAUGAUUAUUAUAGUCAUUACAAUUCUCCACCGCGAGACAGGGAUGAUUACCAUUAUUAUGAUUACCCAAGUGAUAACGACCAUUCUCCUCCACGUCGUGGGAGACGUUACGAAUCCCCACCCAACUCUUAUCGGGAUGAUUAUGAUCGUAACGAAUCUCCAAUCCGGCGUUGGGGCGAUGAUUGUGGAUCACAUUCGCAUAGGUAUCGAAACAAAUAUAGAUCUCCAUCACCUUCUGAAGAAAGACGGAGGGGUGAAGAACAUAGGCGGGUUCCCCAGAGAGAGUCAUUUUAUGAUUCAAGGAUGCGAGGAUGGGAUACUCGUUCCUCUUCACCUAUUCGUCGUUCUCAAUCACGAUAUGAAGAACGGAAGGAUGACGGGCAUAGAUGGUAUCCUCUUGGCGAAUCAUUUUCUGAUUCUUUCAGGCAGGAUGCUUCCUCCCCUUCAUCCAUCCGCUACUCAGAAAGGAAGGGUAAAGGCCAAAGGCAGUCUUCCCCUCGAAGAUCAUUUUCUGAUCCUCAUCGGCGGAACACUCCCUCUCCUUCACCCGUCCAUUCUCGAGUAAGCACCGAGUACCCCAGCACGUCUCUUUCCCGGGUACGGAAAGAUGAAGGACACCAUGGUUCACCCCCUCGAUCCUCUCAUGAUAAUCAAUAUGAUCAAAGGCAUGAGACUCAGUCCCCUUCAUCUUGUCGUCCUUUAAACCGCAAUGGGUACUCAAGGGCUUCUUCAUCUUAUGAAGAAUGGGCAGUCGAAGACUGUAAACGGUUAACCCCGCAAUCAUCUCAUGAGCGUUUGAAGGAUACUCGUUCCCCUUCAUCUGCCCAUCUUCAGUGUAUUAGUAAUGGAUACCAGAGUGAGGUGAGUAGUGGUAUCAGCUCAGUGGCAACCUCAAACCCAAAUCAAACGUGUCAAAGAGUAAAAUCUUUGCCCUCUGUUACACACACCUCCUCACUCAAGCAGAUCAGUGCAACCCCAGGUUCAUUAGAAUAUAAGGGACCGAGUGGGGAAAACAAACAAUUUCCCCCUCCCUCUAAAGCUCCAACUAAACAGUCAGGUUCAAUAGAAUAUAAGGGACCGAGCGGGGAAAACAAACAAUUUCCCCCUCCCUCGGAAGCUCAUACAAAACAGUCAGAAGUACUUGAAAAGGUUAGUGCUCAUUCUAUCAAUCAUAGGUUAAUUGAAAAUCGAGUUACUCUUUUGGAAUACAAAAUGGACUUUGUGCUUCAUCGCCUCAAAGCACUUGACGCACUAGAAUCAUCUGUCGAAUACCUGACAGCCAAAAUAGAGCAACUAACGUCAAAAAGGAGUACAAUACAAGAACCUAGCAAGGGUAACCCUAAGGGUCUUCCUGAGGCUGCUAAGAAUCAGACCUCUUCCAUGGACUUAAAGAAACCUUUGAUAUUAGAGCACUCAACACCAGAUCAGAGUGUAUGUUGCCAUGGAAAUGAGAAGCCUGGUCCUUUUGAGCCCAAGACCCUGCUUAAUGAAUCGGUAUCCAACACAUCUGAACUAAAUCAGGGAAACGAUCUGGGAUCAGAGGAGUGGGUCCGACCCUGA